CUGACACGAUUCUUCUUUCUUCAAAAACAGAACCUCUUUCAACGGCCGAAGAUAUACGAAAGGUUUCAGCUGACCUUCUCUGCACGGUGACCAUGCGCGCACACGGGUCAGUGAGUGUGUUUGUGGCAGUCCUGGUCGUGAUGUUGCCAGGGUGUCAGCAGUGUGUCUCAAAUGUCAGCACACCACCAAACCUCCACCUGAGGUUUUUGCAGCACAAUGGUACCUUUUAUGCAGCAUGCAAAAUGAGACCCAGCACCACUCUCGUUGUGGGCCUGCCUAAGGUGUACGGUAAAGUACUUUUUAAGCAGGAUUAUCCAAAGGGAACCCUCAAAGUCCUUAUCCAGUUCCAUGGGUUUCCCACGGGGAGCAGUUCCGAGCCCAGAGCAGUGCACAUCCAUCAGUAUGGAGACCUCAGCAGCGGGUGUGAAUCCACCGGUGGCCUAAAUCCACAUGGCGUAAAUCACCCAAACCACCCUGGAGACUUCGGCAACUUUGUGCCACAACAAGGAAGAAUCAGCACCUUGAUAGAGUCCGAAGCAACGCUGUUUGGGGAGCUGUCUGUGAUUGGACGAGCAGUGGUCAUCCAUGAAAGGAUGGAUGAUUUGGGAAGUGGCGGAGACGCUGGCAGCUUGCUACACGGAAACGCUGGCCGAAGGCUUGGCUGCUGCAACAUUGGGAUUUCCUCCCCCAAUCUGUGGAAUAUGUACCAAUCCCGGCUGGCUAAAGGAUACUGACAAGUCUGAGCAAAUCACAGCUGAUGGGGUGGGGGGGAACAUCAUACCUAUAACACUGCUGUUGGUUCACUGUUUUAAUUUUACCUUUGUAACUGUAUUAUUCCUCCUCCAAAAACGAAGUUCUAAAAAUGGAUGUGAAAUUGAUAAAGUGGAGAUAAAUUAUCAAAUGACUUAUCAUCACUUUCCUGUUUAUUUCCCAAUUUAAUGGCUGAUUUGGCAUCAAUGAAUUGACUGAUUUACUCGCACAGUCUCUUGUCAUCCCAUCCUGGAUAUCCUUCAGUCAUCUGUCACUGUGAAAACUGGACUGUAUGUGAUUGAUUAGCUGCAACAUUUCUAUGAGUGCAUGUUGUGAUAACUCUGUGUUGUGCUUUUUUUGUUAGUGUGGCCAAAGCAUAUGGCCACUCCACUCAAUGUGCUCUGCUUGAACUUUCUUGCUGUCGUAACAAAUGUUCGAGGGAGUUUUUCCUUACUACUCUUGCCAAUGGUCUUGCUCAUGGGGUGGGUAGUUUAAACUUUUCUGGGGUAUAGCACCUUGGAGUGAUGUGUAUCAACAAAUAGAAACUGCCCUAUGUUAGACCUAUGUGCCGAGUUUGGUUGCUGUACAGUUUUCUGAGCUCCAGAUGUUUUAGGGUAGAAAAAGAAUAAUUUAGAAAAGGUAUCAUCUUUAUAAUCAUAAUUGGGUUCCUACACAAUUUUGAUGUGGUGCUUGGACCCCUAAAAAUGGAAGAUAAACCAGUUUUGUGUUGUAAAUGAUGAAUAUAAGAAGGAAAAUAAUCACUUGACAAUGACUUUAACUUCCACUACUCAUUAUGAAAAUGUUUAUAUAUUUAAAUAUAAAAAAAUAUUCAAGUCUCAAAUUUGUUUUUUUUUUACUACUAUGUAUCAUAUCCUGUCUGAUUUGGAACACUAAAAACAUUUUUUCAGUCAGAUGUAGAUCACUGAAAAGUAAUGUAUUUUGUUGAAAUAAGUCACGUAUAAAGUACUUUCACAUCUUUUAUUUGAGGUAAAUGUUUUUAAGCACAGAAAAAAAAAAAACAACAGGAUAAAGACAUUCACAUUGUGUUCUUACUGUUACAGAAUAUGUUCCAUAAUAUCCAAUAAACAAAUUAUGUGUGAGCAUAUUGUCAAGUUUUAACUGUGAUCCAUUGUAAUAAAUAAAAGCAAAGAGUGAAAACAUAAAUACAAUUAUUUUUCAGCUCACUGUAAUAUGAAAGAACAUCAGACAGAAUCAUG